CAGACAUUCACAUCAAACCUGGUAUGGGACAGCUUCAAAUAAACAUUUUUUCAAUGUCCAAGCAAUUUGAUGUUGAUGGGCUAAAGGAUUGUGAUCAAUUGGUCCUUGACCGUCCGCAACAGUCUUCAAGCAUUGGACAGGAAAAAGGGAUGCACAUGGAUGAACUUUGCCAACAGCUGAAACUUCCCAUGGAGAAGAUCAAGGAAUCCAUUAGAUCACUUGAGGAUGAAGGUUUAAUAUACUCUACAAUUGACGAGUUUCACUAUAAAGCAACCUGAUGAAGUUCACAGUAUUUUUGAAUGCUACCCAGUCUGCAAUGCUGUUGCGAGUUAUUUUGUUCCUUCUUUUGAAUAUUAACAGAACAGCCUGUAGAUAUUUAUUUGUUUCCAUGUUAACAUCUUAAGUGCAGGGAUCUGGACAUGUGUGUUAUCGCUAAAUCAUAUAUAGAAUUUCACAACAUUUUGAUGUUU